AAUCUCCAUCCUCACAUCCUCCACAGAGCUUCACGCACUGCACGGGGGAGCCGAGAACCAUCUCCGGAAGCUAGCGCCUAGACCAAUCCACCUCGCUAGCUUCGGAGAGACAUGGCGCCCUGGGCCAUUGCCAUCCACGGCGGCGCCGGUGUGGACCCGAACCUGCCGGAGCACCGCCAGGAGGAGGCGAAGCGCGUGCUGGCGCGGUGCCUGCAGACCGGCGUGGACCUGCUGCGGGCGGGCGCCACCGCGCUCGACGUCGUCGAGGCCGUGGUGCGCGAGCUCGAGACCGACCCCUUCUUCAACUCUGGCCGCGGGUCCGCGCUCACCCGCCGCGGCACCGUCGAGAUGGAGGCAAGCAUCAUGGACGGCCGCGGCCGCCGCUGCGGCGCCGUCUCCGGCGUCUCCACCGUCAAGAACCCCGUCUCCCUGGCCCGCCGCGUCAUGGACAAGUCGCCCCACUCGUACCUCGCCUUCGACGGCGCCGAGGAGUUCGCCCGUGAGCAGGGCCUUGAGACUGUGGACAAUAGCUACUUCAUCACCGAGGACAACGUCGGCAUGCUCAAGCUCGCCAAGGAGGCCGGCACCAUCCUGUUUGACUAUCGGAUCCCGCUGACCGGGACGGACACCUGCAGCUUGCAGGCCGGUGCGGACAGCAACCACAACCGCAACGGCAUGGUGAUGAACGGGCUUCCCAUCAGCAUCUACGCCCCGGAGACGGUGGGGUGCGCGGUGGUGGACUCGAACGGCUUCUGCGCGGCGGCCACCUCCACGGGCGGGCUCAUGAACAAGAUGACGGGGCGCAUCGGGGACUCGCCGCUCAUCGGCUCGGGCACCUACGCCUGCGACGCCUGCGCGGUGUCGUGCACGGGGGAGGGAGAGGCCAUCAUCCGCUCCACGCUGGCGCGCGACGUCGCCGCCGUCAUGGAGUACAAGGGCCUGCCGCUGCAGGAGGCCGUCGACUUCUGCGUCAAGGAGCGCCUCGACGAGGGCUUCGCGGGCCUCAUCGCCGUGUCCAAGACCGGCGAGGUCGCGUACGGCUUCAACUGCACCGGCAUGUUCAGGGGCUGCGCCACGGAGGACGGCUUCAUGGAGGUCGGCAUCUGGGAGUGAGCGGGAUGGAGCGGAGCGGAGAUAGGCGUGCGUGCGUGCGCGUGGCCAUCUUGCGAUUGCCAUGUGGUUGGUCUCUUGGUCAGGGCCGGUCGUCGGUAUUGGCUUAGUGGUAGUGGGCUAGUGAUUGGAGAUUGGAUUUCGGGUUAAUAAGGACGAUCGUCAUUGUGAUGGUAUUGCCCUGGAAAUAAAAAUGUGAAAAGUUAUAUGGCUUCUGAAAUAUGCUGUUGGCUCC